CAUUUUCUGACACUCCAUUUUCUUCACCAUCCCAAUUUCUAAUAGAAAUUAACACUCAUGCAAAUUAUCACAAAACCCUAACCCUAACUCCGUUACAUAAAACGUUAACUUUUAACAAUUAACAAUGUCCGUUAACUCAAGUGUAUGGGAUGAAGUAAUGGAGUUAACGAAAUCUGCUCAAAGUAACGGUACGGAGGCUUCCGUUUGGGCCGUUAAACUUUCGUCAAUGCUUUCGGCUGCCGGAAUUGUAACGCCGUCAACGGAAGUUGCUGAAUUGCUUGUUGAACAUAUUGUUUGUUGGAGUAAUAAUGUUCCCGUUGUUUGGAAGUAUUUGGAAAAAGCUAUUGUUUUUAGGAUCGCUCCGCCAAUGCUUGUUCUUGCUCUUCUCUCUAACAGCGUAAUUCCGAGUCGGAGAAGCCAACCGGUGGCAUACAGACUUUAUCUGGAACUUCUUAGAAGACAUAUUUUUCCAUUGGCUUCUGAAGUCAAUGGUCCAAAGUAUCGCAAAAUCAUGGAAUCUAUAAACAAUGCUCUUCACCUAUCCCGAAGAUUUGGCAUUUUAUCUAGUGAACCUGGGGCUAUCUUAGUUGAAUUUGUCUUCGCGAUAGUGUGGCAGUUGCUUGAUGCAUCACUAGAUGAUGAAGGCUUGUUGGAACUUGUCCCCGAAAAGAAGUCUAUCUGGCCAACUAAACCAAAACAGAUGGACAUUGAUGAUCCCAAUAUUGGAGAUAAGAAAGUUGACCACAAUGAAAGGUUGUACAAAACAAAUACCACAUUGGCCAUUGAGAUAAUUGGGGAACUUUACAAAAAUAGAGUAACUUCCAGGAUGCUGUACUUGGCACGUCAAAAUAUGCCCAUACAUUGGGGAUAUUUCAAUCAUAAUCUGACUCUGCUGGCAGCAAACUCAUUGUCUUUAAGAAAUUCCAAAGAUAUCACUCCUGAGGCUCUUUUGCAGUUAAUAUCUGAUAACGACGUACUAUUGUCACGGGAAUUUAAAACAUCUUUACAACAUUUCCGUACAGUAUUGGCCGCUGGCUCUCUCGUGUCUUCUGCAGGUGCAAGUCAUGGUGCUGGCCGCUCAGCUAUUUGGCUACCUAUUGAUCUGUUCCUUGAAGACACUAUUGAACGCACUGUGUUUGUCACCACAAGUGCUGCUGAAACUCUUACUGGUUUACUGAAAGCCCAUCAAGCAAUCACCCAGGCUUCCUGGCAGGAGGCAUUUCUUGGCUUGUGGAUUGCAGCUUUAAGGCUUGUUCAAAGGGAAGCGGAUGCUGUUGAGGGACCGAUACAUCGUCUUAAUACAUCCCUAUGCCUACUAUUAUGUACAACGACCCUUGCCAUUGGCAAUAUUGUAGAUGAAGAGGAGAGUGCUCUUGUAGAGGAAAAUGAUUGUGGUUAUAUGCAUGUACAGAGUGAAACAAAUGCUCUUGGAAUAUGUCAUAAGAGCCUAAUUUCCUGCCUACAACAGUUGGGUGAUUUUGAAGACUUAUUGAACCCACCACCAUCUGUAAUUUCUUUAGCAAAUGAAGCAGCUGCGAAAGCUAUUAUAUGUAUUUCCAGCCUAGGAACUGGAAAUGGUUAUGUUGAUAGUGCAAGCUUAAUUGACAUGCCAGUCACUUCUGGUGAUUUGAGACAUCUGAUUGUAGAGGCCUGUAUUGCAAGACAUCUUUUAGACACGAAAGCAUAUACGUGGCCUGGCUAUGUUAAGGGACAUACAAAGCAAGUAUCUUACCCCAUAUCUGGCCAGAUGCCUGGCUGGUCAUCAUUGAUGAAGGGAUCCUCUUUAACUCCUUCAAUGGUUCAUGCCUUGGUUUCAACUCCAGCUUCAAGCUUAGCUGAAAUUGAGAAAAUAUACGGGAUUGCAACUGAUGGUUCGGAUGCAGAGAAGAUUUCUGCUGCUACUAUUCUAUGUGGGGCGUCAUUAACUCGUGGUUGGAAUAUACAGGAACAUGCUGGACUUUUUAUUAUUAAACUGUUGACACCUCCGGUUCCUCAAGAUUAUACUGGGAGCGGGAGUCAUUUGUUAACUUGUGCUCCUCUACUAAAUGCUCUUCUCAUGGGGAUAUCAUCUAUUGAUUGUCUUCUCAUAUUUUCGUUACAUGGCUUGGUUGCACAGCUUGCUGGUGUCUUGAUGCCAAUAUGUGAGGUCUUUGGAUCAUGUUCACCCACGGUUUCUUGGUCUCUUCCAACAGGGGAGCAUUUAUGCCCACGUAUUGUGUUCUCGAACGGCUUUACUCUUUUGUUGAAGCUAUGGAGGUUUGAUCAACCACCUCUUGAGCAUGCCAUGGGGGAUGCAACUCCUGUAGGAUCUCAACUAACACCAGAAUACCUUUUGCUGGUUCGCAAUUCGCAAUUAUCAUCAUGUGGAAAUUCAUCUAAAGGCCAAAAGAAAAGAAAGAGGUCUAUCAAAGAGUGUGAUAUGUCAUCUAUGGACCCCAUAUUUUUAGAUUCUUUUCCAAAAUUAAAACUUUGGUACCGACAGCAUCAAGCAUGUAUUGCUUCGACACUAUCUGAUCCUAAACCUGGGACUUCUGUUUACCAGAUCUUUGAUGCACUUAUGAGCAUGAUGUUAGAAAUGAUAAAGAGUGGUGGUCAAACUUUGACUUCUUCAACAUCUGGAAGUAGCAAAACAGCUGGAUCUGUAGCUGAGGACUGCAUUCUUCGUCUUAAACUUCCUGCUUGGGAUAUUCUGGACGCUGUUCCAUUUGUACUUGAUGCUGUAUUGAGAGCCUGUGAACAUGGAAGAAUGUCGCCACGUGAACUUACUAAGGGGCUAAGAGCUCUUGCGGACUUUUUUCCUGCUUCUAUGGCAACUAUAGUAAGUUACCUUUCAGCUGAAACAACAAGGGGUCUCUGGAAGCCUGCGUCUAUGAAUGGAACUGAUUGGCCAAGUCCUGCUACAAACUUGUCUAUGGUGGAGCAGAAUUUGAACAAAAUAUUAGCUUCAACUGGAGUUGAUGUUCCAAGUCUUUCUUCAGGGGGGGCUUCUUCGGCUACUCUUCCUUUACCUCUUGCUGCUUUAGUGAGCCUCACGAUAACUUACCCAGUUGACGGAUUCUCUGAAUCUGUGUUGAAUUUGGCUGGCCCAGCCUUGAACACCCUUGGUGCAGGUUGUCCAUGGCCAUGUAUGGCUAUCAUAGCCGCUCUAUGGAUCCAAAAAGCCAAACGUUGGACAGACUUUCUUGUUUUCUCUGCAUCCAAAACCAUAUUCCGCCACAACAAUGAUGCCAUAGUCCAGCUUCUCAGAGUCUGUUUCCAAUCAACUCUUGGCCUAAACUCACCUCCCAUUAUCCCAAAUAGCUGUGGAAUUGGUAACCUUCUAGGUCACGGCUUCGUGUAUGACUGUUCAGGUGGGAUCGCUCCAGUAGCUCCUGGGAUCCUGUACUUGCGUGUCCACCGCAGUGUUAGAGAUGUCAUGUUCAUGACAGAAGAAAUUAUCUCCCUACUAAUGCUUUCUGUUAAAGAUAUCUUAUCUAUCAGUAUACCAGUUGACGGUUUUAAAAGACCCAAAAGUGGAACUAUCAUAAGAUAUGGGGAGGUUUCUCUUUCUGUAGCAAUGACUCGUAUUAGGCUAGCUGCCUGUCUGGGGGCUUCACUUCUUUGGAUAACAGGUGGGGUAAACAUCAUACAGAAUUUAAUAAAAGAAAUCUUGCCCUCAUGGUUCAUAUCAGUGGACAGGUCAGACAUAAACAAAGUUGACUCAGGUGGGAUGAUUGGUAUGCUUAAAGGGUAUGCUCUUGCAUACUUCACUGUUCUUUCUGGUGCAUUUGCUUGGGGUGUGGACGCGGCAUCUUUAGCAUCUAAAAAGCGCCCGGUUAUCCUUGGGACCCAUCUCGAGUUCAUGGCAAAGGUACUCGAUGGUAAGAUUUUACUUGGUUGUAAUAAAGCAACUUGGCAGGCUUAUGUGUCUGGCUUUGUGGGCUUGAUGGUUUCAUGUACACCCAAGUGGGCUUGUGAGGUUGAUGUGGAAGUCUUGAAGAGCCUGAGCAGGGGGCUAAGGAAAGGGGGCGAGGAAGAACUAGCAUUGGCUCUGCUCGGGAUUGGUGGGAUCGAUGCAAUGGGCACGGCUGCAGAGUUUAUCGUAGCAUCUUCGGUGUAAACGAUUAGUUCAAAGCUGGUUUUGUACAUCUUUAUGCUUAAAGCGUAUACUGUAUUAAGAGAUAUCUAGGAACAUGACCAAGUGGUAAAACAAUACCCUUUGAAGUUUUUUUUGAGGGAAAUAGCUUUAGUGGCUUCUAACA